AUGAUUUUGCUGUACGAGCUGCAAAAGCGUCUGGCCAGUCUGCGGCCAACCAACACAGUAGUCACUACGCCCACCGGUGCCCGUUUCAUCGAGCGUCGCACAUCCCCCACCGGCGACGAGGAGUCGCCUCAGCAGCAGCAGUUAGAGGCGCGCGCCUACGGUUUCGUGGUGGACACCAAGCCGGACACCGUGCCCGCAUGUAUCCUAAGUGAGUUUCUUUACCUCGGCUCUCAGGACUCCGUAAGCACCGAAAACGUGCUGAAGUUCAAAGUUACGCACCUCCUGAGUAUUGGCAUCGAAACGCCCAACGUAGAGCUUCCACCGACACUGAAAUGCAAGCAUCUACCCUGCUUGGACCUGCCUGAGACAGACCUCAUGCCCUACGUACUGCCCGUAUCUAUCGAAUUCAUCGACGAGGCCCGACGCUCGCGGGGCUGCGUGCUGGUCCACUGCAACGCGGGAGUUUCGCGUUCCGCUGCCGUUGUCAUCGGCUACCUGAUGCAGCGGCGAGACAUGGGCUACGAGGAGGCCUACAACUUGGUCAAGUCCUGGCGACCGUGCAUCCAGCCCAAUGCUGGUUUCGUGCAGCAGCUGAAGAAGUCUCUUAAGUAAAUUAUUGUAUUUCGGCGUGUAGCUUUUUUAGUGUGAUAAGCGCCUUUUGUUGCCAAAAAUAAAAUUGAACAAGAAUAUAGGAA